CCCCCCCCCCGGGUUUUUUCUAACUUCUUUGUUCUUCAAAAUCCCCAAUCAACAGUAUCACGUUCUCCAUUUUUCCAGUUCACAGAGGGAGAGUGAUUGAUGGAAGAAGAAUGCUUAAACGCAUCAAAACGGCGUAAAAUCGAGGAUACGGUUUUACAAAUCCUCAAAACAUCCGACUUGGAGACGACCACCGAGUUCGACGUCCGGGCCGCCGCGGCGGAGCGCCUUGGCUUCGGCCUAUCCGGCUUGAGACAUCGUCGCCUCGUCCGACAGCUCGUCGACUCCUUCCUGCUCUCCACAGCUGGCUCUAUCCUCGGCACGACGUCGUUACAUAGUAAUAUUGGCAGUAAUAAUGAUGAUGAAAGAGCAGAGCGCCGUGAAAAGCAGCAGCAACUGAGAGGUGUUGGGGUCGGAUUGCAAGGGCACUACAAUGGUAAAGUUAUUUGUAAGUUAACAGACAAGAGGAUGGUGACAAUUCAUGACUUAAAUGGGACAACCAUGGUCUCAAUCCGAGAUUUCUACGUGAAAGAUGGAAACAUGCUUCCUAGAAAAGGUGUGAAUUCGGGAGUGAGCUUGUCACCUACACAAUGGUCAUCCUUCAAGACUAGCUUUCCUUCUAUCCAGGAAGCAAUUGUAAAACUGGAAUCACGGCUGAGAAGGAAAGAUGCUGCCCAUUCAUUGAAUAAUCUGAACUCUACACUUGAAGCUGUUGCAAAGCAAAAUGAAUCAGACAUGACAAAUUUACUGACAGAAUCUGCAGCAGAUAAAAGCCAAACAGAGGCAGGCAUUUGUAACUCAAGCUUUGUUAGUGAAGCAGAAAUGGCAGUUGCAGUGGCAGAUUCUGCUGCUGUGAAAAGCCAAACGCAGGCAGGUAUUUCUAAUUUGACAACCAUUGUUCACUCUCCUGUCGAGAAACAAACUGAGGCUGAUACAUCUUGGUCAGUGACUGCUCCCAGCUUACAAGAGAAUAUUCUUGCCGAGAGGAAACAAGGAGCAGAUACUUCAGGAUCAAUUGCUAUUUCCACUUCUCAGGAACAGAAACAAGCUGGAGCUCAUAUUUCUACUACGACGCCCAUAAUACCUACUGAAGGACAAUUGUAUGACACAGUUAGUGCAGUUCAUCCUGAUCGAUUGAUUGCUGCUGAGAGAAAACAGGAAGCUGAUGUGUCCACUUCGUUGCCUGCAUUUCCUAAUCAAGGACAUUCGCAUCAUACAGUUAAUGCAGUUCAUUUUGAACGAGUGAAUCCUAUACAGACCACCCGUCUUGAUGGAAGAAAUUACAAUUUAUGGAGGCAUCAAAUGGAAUUUUUUCUGGAUCUGUUGGACAUUGGAUACGUGCUUGCGAAGCCAUGCCCCAGCAUAUCUUUGGACCAAGAAACUAGUUUGGAUGAGAAGGUUAAAGAAAAAGCUGCUGUUCAAAGGUGGAUCGAUGAUGAUUACAUAUGCCGCCACAACAUUUUGAACUCUCUGUGCGACAAUCUUUUUCAACUGUACUCACAAAAAAGUUGCUCUGCUAGAGAGCUCUGGGAAGAACUGAAAUUAGUCUAUGACGAAGAUCUCGGAACAACAAGGUCACAAAUUAACAAGUAUAUUCAUUUUCAGAUGGUUGAUGGGGUAUCAAUUAUUGAGCAGGUUCAAGAACUGCACAGGAUUGCCAAUUCCAUUAUGGCUUCUGGAACUUGGAUAGACGAAAACUUUCAUGUAAGCACCAUUGUCUCCAAGCUCCCACCUUCUUGGAAGGAAUUUCGUGUUAGAUUGAUGCAUGAAGAGUUUAUACCAUUUAAUAUGUUAAUGCAUCGUCUUCAAGUUGAAGAAGACACUCGUAACUGCUUCAAGAUGGAAACCAACUAUAAGAAGGGUCUUAUAAUAGAGCAGAAACUUGACUACAGACUCGGAAUCAGAAGAAAGGAAAACAAGAGAGUUUGCUAUAGCUGUGGCAAGGAAGGGCACAUUUUCAAGAAUUGUCCUGAUAGAAAGUUUGAAGCCGGGGACAAGAGCAAUGAGAAAGAGAACGGAGUUUUGUCUCCAAAUACAGACAACAAAGUCGCUGACAUAGCAAACACAAAGUAAAUUCAAAGUGGAGAAACAGUGCACUCUAUUUGAAGUCGGGGAUAGCCUUUUAAUACUAAAGCCAAUCAGAUGCCUUCUCAGCCAAUCCCCUGCAGCAAGUAAUACGAGUUACCUCUCUCUUUUUACCUCAUUGCUGGUCCUUGUUAAGAGGAAUUUGACCAGUGUCAAGUCUAUCUGUAUACAUACUGUAGGAGAAACUGCAGUUGCAUUGGUUUCACUCUCCAGUUUUCACUACAAACUUUCUACACACAUAAAUCUGUUUGAUAGUUAUUAGAUCGUUUUCUGAUGAACUAUUGUGAAUGUGGAUUAACGUAGGACAUGUUCUGCUCA